UUCAGUUUCAAUGCAUAAUUGAAGGGUCGUUUCAAAUUCAUUUCUCAUUUCCCAAAUUUCUCCGUUUUCCCACACAAUACUCUUCCAAAUUUAUUUCUCUUUCCUGAAUCUAUCCCGAUCCUAAACCAAUUUCAAAUUAGGUUUCAAAAUAUUUUCAAUCAACAAUAACUGUUCGACGGUAGAGCUUCAAUUGCAUUCACGAAUCACGAUGCAAUUACUUGAAUGUUGGUUUCUCAUCUCCCAAAACCUAAUCAAUGCAUCAUCAAUGUUAAUUUAAAGGUUUAUUCUUUCAACUUUUUGUAUUUCUUGCUUAUUCUACAUGUAUAAAUAUGACCUAUUUCAUCUCCAAUUCAUCAUCCCCUUUGAACCCUUACGAUUUUCUGUUAUUUUACGAUGGCCGCUGCAAGACGCGAUUUUGUUUCUGAGAUCACACCGGCAAAGGAAUCAUGGGAUGUUGUUGUUCGAGUUAUUCGAUUGUGGUUUGUGCCAGACAUAAAUUCUGCUACUCUAUUAGUGUUGUUAUCUAUCUAAACACUAAACACAUUAACCUUAAUUUCUUCAAUUUUAUUUUUGUAACCUUUUCGCUUUUCUUUCGGUUUUCCAACCCCUUUAUUAGUUACUUUGUUUUGGUUUUUCUAUCAUUGUUAUUGCUGUUGAAUUUUAUUUCCCCUUUUCAUUUUUGUUGGAUAGUGCAAAGGGAAGAAAUAUUUGGAUCCUUUCGAUAUGGCAUUUCUAUUUUUUGGUGGGUAGGUUGGGAAACAUUUAUGAAUGUUGCUUUUGGAUGGAUCAAUGUGAAGGACGUUGCAAAUGCGCAUAUUCUGGCAAAUGGACAUGCUUUGGAUAAUGGAAGAUAUUGUUUAGUUGAAAGAGUGAUACAUUUCUCUAAACUGAAAUUGAUGGAAACAAAUAUGGGAAUGCUCUUAUAUGGCAGGAUAAUAUCUUAUCUGGAGUUCUUAUCGAUGAAAAGAGACUUCUUGGUGCGGUUAUGUUGGAGGCAUGCACCAUAAUCGAAUCUUCUUUGACAAGUAUAAUCCAGGUUAUUUCGGUAAGGUCGGUAUGCAUUACUUUUACAAGCUUCGUAACUAAUUUUAUUCUCCCAUUUCAGGUUCAUGUCAUUUAUUUUCACUUCAAUAUUUUUUGCAUCUAUAAUUUCUCUACCCGUGUUUAUUUACUGUUUCACGUACUGUUAUUGGAAGUAGUUUAAUAGAAGCAGUACGUGGACAAACAUGAAUAUAUAGCAUAAGGUAUCAAAUUGAAGGGUGUGAAAGUUUUAGUGCUUAAUUUAAGUAUUGGUCGACUGUAAAUGAAUAAUCAUAUUGUUUGGCCAAAAUUUGAUAUUGUUUAUAAUGUCAAAUACAUCAAGUUUUUUUUGUUUACAAUACAGUUAGUUGAGGGGAAGUGGGUUAUCAAGGGUGCAGUUGAUGUAAACACCGGUGCAAACCCUUCUGCCAAAGGUGGAGAAGAUAAGGGUGUUAAUGACACUGUUGUUAGGGUGGUUGACAUUGUUGAUGUAUUCAGACUUCAGUAGCAACUUCCUUGAGAAGCAAUUUGUUUUGUUAAGAAGUAUAUUAAGUUGUUGACUCCCAAAAUAGAUACUGAGAAUCAAGAGCACUUCAAACCUUGGCAUAAUGAUGGUAGCUUGAUCUUUUCCUACUACAAGGAUGGUGCUGCUGAUACAACAUUUCUUUAUUUUGCUCAUUC